AUGACAGAUCUUUACGCGGUCCUUGGAGUAGCAUCCAAUGCCACUGAUUCAGAUAUCAAGAAGGCAUAUAGAAAAUUAGCAUUACAACAUCAUCCGGAUAAAGUGGUGAAUUCCAAUUCUGAUGAUAGAGAAGCCAGUGAGAUUAAAUUCAAAGAGAUUUCUGCUGCUUAUGAAAUAUUGAGUGAUGAAGAUAAGAGGGCACAUUAUGAUUUGUACGGAUCCGAGGAGGAACAACAACGGCAACAACGACAAUAUGACCCAUUUGAAAGUUUUUUCAAUUUCGAACAGGAUGAGGAACCAUCACGACAUUAUGAGGAUCCUAAGAGAUCACCGGAUGUGAAAAUCCCCUUGAAGAUGACUAUCCAGGAGUUAUAUAAUGGGAAGACUUUCAAGUUCAAGUUUAAGAGGAAUGUUAUUUGUGAUAAUUGUGAAGGGUUGGGUUGGAGACGUAGAAAGAAUGGACAGGUUACUGUGCCACCAGAGGUGGAAUGUAAGCUCUGUAAGGGACAAGGUUUUACGGAGAAAGUUCGAAUGUUGGCACCUGGGUUUGCCACACGAGAGAAGAGGAAAUGUAAACAAUGUGAUGGGAAGGGUAAACAUUAUGCCAAGGCCAAUUCCGAAAAGAAUAAAUGUAAGAAAUGUCAUGGUGAGGGAUUAUUUGCGGAAUCAAAAGUGUUAACAGUGUCUGUUCCAAGAGGGUUACGUGAUGGGGAUACCAUUAAAGUUGUUAAUGAAGCGGAUCAAGAGUUAGGUAAACCGAAAACUGGUGAUUUGAUAUUUAGUAUUGAAGAGGAUCAACGUUGCCCCAAAGACGUUCAACUGGAAAGGAAGGGUUCAAAUUUUAUGACGGAAUUGAACAUAUCAUUAGCAGAAGCACUUACAGGGUUCAAAGAUAAAUUUGUCACCAAGACAUUUGAUGGUAGAAUACUGAACUUAUCGAUCCCACCGGGGAAAGUAAUUAGACCAGGGAAUAUAAUUAAGAUUGAGCAGGAGGGUUGGCCAUUGAAUGGUGAAGCGACUAAAUUUGGUGACUUAUACAUCUCUGUCAAUAUUGAAUUCCCACCUGAUAAUUGGUUCACUGAGAAAUCAGACUUAACGCAAAUAAAGAACAUCUUGCCCAGAAGCACGAGUGACAAGACGAAGCUUUCUGAUGAUCCAUUAAAUACGGAAUUGUUAUUGAAGUUUGAGGUCCUAGAGACUCUACCAGAUACAUUAAAGGAAGGUCAAGAUCAAGGUGAGAAUAAUGCGGAAUCCCAUGGGGAAUAUCGAGGUGAAGGAUCACCACAAUGUGCUCAACAGUAA